AUGGAGUUAUCGCUAAUUCUAUUAACCAUUCUCACCGGUCUUAUCGGCUAUUUUAUUCAUUCGUUGUAUAAAAGUCGCAGCUAUUGGCAGUCUCUGGGUAUACCCUGCGAAGAGCCCCAUUUGAUUUUUGGCAAUCUGAAGGGAGUCCAGUUGACUCGUGGCUUCUGGGAAAUAUGGGAAGACUAUUAUCGACGUUUUAAAGGCACGGGACCAUUUGCCGGUUUCUAUUGGUUCUUUAAGCCGGCGGUAUUUGUAUUGGACCCCGAGUUGAUUAAAAACAUUUUGAUCAAGGAUUUUCAAAAUUUUCCGGAUCGUGGUUUCUUUCACAACGAACAGGAUGAUCCGUUGUCGGGUCAGUUGUUCUUGCUGGAGGGUGUAAAAUGGAAACAAAUGCGCCAGAAGUUAUCACCCACCUUCACCUCGGGUAAAAUGAAAUUUAUGUUUCCCACUGUGACUCAAGUGGCCAAGGAGAUGAUUGGGGUUCUCGGAAAUUUGGUGGACGAAAAGGAGGGCAGUGUUGUGGAAAUAAAGGAACUAAUGGCCCGAUUUACCACAGAUGUGAUUGGAACCUGUGCCUUUGGCAUUGAGUGCAGCAGUUUGAAAGAUCCCAAUGCAGAAUUUCGUGUCAUGGGCAGCAGAUCCUUGGUGGAACAUAAACAUAAUCGCCUCAUAAUUGGAUUUAUGAUUAGCUGUUGUGAGCUGGCCCGCAAGCUGCAUAUGAAACAGACCCCCGAUGAUAUUGAGGAAUUUUUUAUGCGCAUCGUUCGGGAGACAGUGGAAUAUCGCGAGAAGAAUAAUAUUCGGCGUAAUGAUUUUAUGGAUAUGCUGAUUGAUUUGAAAAAUAAGAAGCUUAUCAAAUCGGAACACGGGGAUGAGUUGACCAAUUUGACGCUGGAAGAGAUUGCUGCCCAGGCUUUUGUAUUUUUCAAUGCGGGCUUUGAGACUUCGUCGACUACUUUGGGAUUUGCUUUAUAUGAAUUGGCCAAACAUCCGGAGAUACAAGAUAAGGCCCGAAAGGAGGUUAUGGAGAAAUUGGAAAAAUAUCAAGGAGAGCUAAGCUAUGAGUGCAUGAAGGAGAUGACCUAUUUGGAACAGAUUUUAAUGGAAACCCUGCGUUUAUAUACUGUACUUCCUGUCCUGAACCGUGUCGCUUUGGAGAACUAUGUGGUACCGCAAAAUCCCAAAUAUGUUAUUAAAAAGGGUAUGCAAAUUAUAAUACCCUCUGGAGCCAUACAUCGUGAUGAGCGUUAUUAUCCCAAGCCGCAGGAAUUUAAUCCCGACAAUUUCUCCCCUGAGAAAGUGGCCACACGUGAUUCAGUUUUGUUUUUGGGUUUCGGUGAGGGUCCUCGAAAUUGCAUUGGCUUGCGUUUUGGUAAAAUGGAGGCCACCAUUGGUCUGGCUUUACUUUUGCAACAUUUCAAAUUCUCAGUGUGUGAAAAGACCCAGAUACCCUUGACCUAUGGUAAGGUUUCGUAUUUGAUCGGCACCGAUAAGGGUGUCUAUUUGAAGGUGGAGAAAGUUUAA